AUGUCUGCAAAGGCCACGGGAGUCGACAUGCCAGAGAUUGGCCCCUCGCUUAGCAAUUGGGCGGGCUCCAUGACGGAGAAGCCAGUGAUGUCUCGUGACAUCGACCCUGCUUUGGCUGUGACUGGUGGCGAGGUCCUCGACUUUACUUCCGAAGAAGAGAAAACAGUUCUCUCCAAAAUCGAUUGGCACAUCAUGCCGCUUAUGUGCUGGGUGUAUGCCAUCCAAUUCGCUGACAAGAUUAGUCUUAAUUACGCCUCACUCAUGGGCAUCCGCGACGACACCCGCCUCGAUCCAAAGUCGCAGCAAUACAGCUGGGUGUCUAGCAUCAUUUAUGCUGGAUAUAUUCUGUGGGAGUACGCCUGCCAUCCUAUCACCAAUACAUUUCCGACAACAUACCUCCUCCGUCGACUGCCUAUUGGGAAAUACACCUCGGCCAACAUCGUUCUUUGGGGCAUUAUCCUUACUCUCCAUGCUGUUGCCUCUGAUUAUGCUGGCCUUCUUACGGUCCGCUUCCUCCUGGGUGUGUUCGAGGCAACAGUAACACCAUCCUUUGUUAUCAUAAUAUCCAUGUGGUAUCGCAAGACUGAACAGGGUCGACGAACCGGUUAUUGGCUGAGCUGUAAUGGUAUAACGCUUAUUGUUACGGCCGGCGUGGGAUACGUGCUGUCAGCGAUAACAGAUGCCGCUGUCGCCUCGUGGAAGAUCUUGUUCCUCAUCUUAGGUCUUCUAACGGUAGCUACUGGGGUGAUUUGCUACUUCUAUAUGCCAGACUCGCUCCUCAACGCGUGGUUUCUUUCGCCUAGGCAGAAAGCGAUUGCUGGCCAGCGCCUUAAGGACAACUUUCAGGGAAUGGGAGACCGUGUUUGGAAGUGGUACCAGUUCCGAGAAGCAUUCAAGGACCCUAGGAUAUAUCUCUAUGUUCUUUUCUCGCUGCUCAUGAACAUCCCUGACGGCGGUAUCGUCACAUUUGGGGCCCUGACUAUCAGUUCUUUUGGCUUCAACAGCAGACUCUCCCUCGUUCUUGGUGCCCCUUCAGCCAUUCUCUUCCCUAUGGUCGGCGGCAUCCUCAUGAUUGUCCUUCCGCAGACCGCCAAGGCCGGUCUGCUGAUUGGAUAUUACAUGAUCAGCGUCUCUGGAUCCGCCUGGGGGCUUGUUAUGGUGAUGAUUUCUAAUAACACCCUGGGCUAUACCAAGAAGGCUACUGUUAAUGGUCUCCAGAUUCUUGCCUAUAGAGCCAGCAACUGGAUUGGGCCACAGACCUUCCGCAGUAAUAAGGCUCCCGAGUACAGGAGUGGGAAGAUGAUGGUGGCUAUCAUGUACGGUGCAUCUGCAGUGGUUCUGCUCCUAAUUCGAUUUGUAAAUGUGCUUGAGAAUAAGAGACGGGAUCGGCUACAGGCGGAGAGCGGAACGACCGACAUCACUGAGGAGGCUGAGAGGGUGAAGUUUUUGGACCUGACUGAUUUUGAGCAGCCCUACUUCAGGUACAUCCUCUGA